AUGGCGCUCAAUACCUUAUUGACCGGCCUCAAUCCAAAAAUCGGUCACAUCAUUUGUGCUAGUAAUCCAAAAGAUCUUCUUGAAGCUCAAGUCCGUACCAGACGAGAGUUACAAUUAUCUUAUUUCGAAAUACAGAAAAUCAAUCGACCCAAUCCCCCAAAACCCAAUCAAAACAAUCAACCCAUUAGAAGACCAAACCUUCAACCACAUAGAUUCACAUUUUGUGGACGUAUGGGCCACUCGUACAACGAAUGUCGUUCUCGACAAAAUUCCCAAAAUAAUUCGCAGAAUUCCAACAACUCUCAUAAUUUUAACAAUUCUCAAAAUUUUAAUAGCCAUCAAAACUUUAAUAAUACUCGAAACAAUGGCUGA